UUGUAUGUUUGUGUGUACUGACUUCAAUGAGAGGCAGUGAGCUAACAGCAAGAGCACUGGAGGGGAGUUAGGAGAUCUGGUUUCCUGCCUGGCCAAAGUUAGUGGCUAUUUAGUGGCAAAAGCAAAUCAUUUCACCCCUCUGGGCCUCAGUGGCCUGAUCUAUAAACUAGGGGCGUUGGACUGGUAUUGAUAUCCAAACCCUUUUCCAGAUUCUGUACUCUGCUCUAAUUGCUCCUCACAAGGAGGUGACUUCCUUGGCUGACAUUCUGAGCAGCUACCACGGCUUCGGUGGAACUUGGAUGACUUUAAGGAGUCAGUCCGUGCACCUCCUCAUGAUCCUUGGGAUCCGGGAAUUGCGGAGAUUGUCUCAUACCCUCUUCUUCACCCCACCCCCUUUUUUAAAAAUGUGAGGUGGAUAAGAUUGUGGACCAGCUGCAGCAGUUAAUGCAGGUGUAUGACUUGGCUGCUCUUCGGGAUUAUUGGAGCUACUUGGAGCGUCGGCUCUUUAGCCGCUUGGAGGAUAUAUACAGACCCACAAUCCACAAACUGAAAACCAGCCUGUUUCGCUUUUAUCUUGUCUACACAAUCCAGACAAACAGAAAUGACAAGGCUCAGGAGUUCUUUGCAAAGCAGGCCACGGAACUCCAGAACCAGGCUGAGUGGAAGGAUUGGUUUGUCCUGCCCUUCCUGCCAUCCCCAGACACCAACCCCACCUUUGCUACCUACUUUUCUCGACAGUGGGCGGACACCUUCAUUGUGUCCCUGCACAACUUCCUGAGCGUCCUGUUUCAGUGCAUGCCAGUCCCUGUGAUCCUGAACUUUGAUGCGGAGUGUCAGAGGACUAACCAGGUUCAAGAAGAAAAUGAAGUUCUGCGUCAGAAGCUUUUUGCAUUGCAAGCUGAAAUCCACCGACUGAAGAAAGAGGAGCAACAGCCAGAAGAGGAAGAGGCCUUGGUCCAACACAAAUUGCCUCCUUAUGUCUCCAACAUGGACCGCCUGGGGGACUCGGAACUUGCCAUGGUGUGCAGCCAAAGGAAUGCCUCCCUCUCCCAGUCACCUCGCGUGGGCUUCCUGUCCUCACUGCUGCCUCAGAGUAAGAAGAGCCCCUCAAGGUUGUUGCCUGCUCAGGGCCCUCAAGCUCAGAGCUCGGCCAAGAAAGAGUCCUUCGGUGGUCAGGGCACCAAGGGAAAGGACCCAAUAUCUGGAGCCAAGGAUGGGAAGAGCCUCCUCAGUGGGCUGGCCACUGGGGAGUCCGGUUGGUCACAGCACCGGCAGCGGCGCCUGCAGGACCACGGCAAGGAGAGGAAGGAGCUUUUCUCCACAACCACUUCCCAGUGUGCAGAGAAGAAACCAGAAGCCAGUGGUCCAGAGGCUGAGCCCUGCCCAGAGUUCCACAUGGAGCCAGUGGAGCCACUGACUCGGGCAUCCUCGGCAGGCCCUGAGGGUGGAGGAGUCCGUCCUGAGCAGCCCUUUAUUGUGCUGGGACAGGAGGAGUAUGGGGAACACCACUCGUCCAUCAUGCACUGCAGAGUGGAUUGCUCUGGGAGGAGAGUUGCCAGCUUAGACGUAGAUGGGGUCAUCAAAGUGUGGUCCUUCAACCCCAUCAUGCAGACCAAAGCGUCCUCCAUUUCCAAAUCGCCGCUGCUGUCUUUGGAAUGGGCCACCAAACGGGACAGACUGCUCUUGCUGGGCAGUGGUGUGGGAACGGUGCGUCUCUAUGACACGGAAGCCAAGAAGAAUCUCUGUGAAAUCAAUAUCAACGACGACAUGCCCAGAAUCCUGUCUCUUGCGUGCAGCCCCAACGGGGCCUCUUUCGUCUGUUCGGCUGCAGCUCCGAGCCUCACUUCCCAGGUGGACUUCUCAGCACCAGACAUUGGCAGCAAGGGCAUGAACCAGGUUCCUGGCAGGCUGCUGCUCUGGGACACGAAAACCAUGAAGCAGCAGCUCCAGUUCUCCCUGGAUCCAGAACCCAUUGCUAUCAACUGUACAGCCUUCAAUCACAACGGGAACCUGCUGGUCACGGGAGCAGCUGAUGGUGUCAUCCGGCUGUUUGACAUGCAGCAGCACGAGUGCGCAAUGAGCUGGAGGGCCCACUACGGGGAGGUCUACUCUGUGGAGUUCAGCUAUGAUGAGAACACCGUGUACAGCAUCGGCGAGGACGGGAAGUUCAUCCAGUGGAACAUCCACAAGAGCGGCCUCAAGGUAUCCGAGUACAGCCUCCCCUCAGAUGCCACGGGCCCCUUUGUGCUGUCUGGAUACAGUGGCUACAAGCAGGUUCAAGUCCCCAGGGGCCGACUCUUCGCUUUUGACUCAGAGGGCAAUUACAUGCUGACGUGUUCUGCCACAGGCGGCGUCAUCUACAAGCUGAGUGGCGAUGAGAAGGUUCUGGAGAGCUGCUUGAGCCUGGGUGGCCACCGAGCCCCUGUGGUCACCGUGGACUGGAGCACUGCCAUGGACUGUGGGACCUGCCUCACCGCCUCCAUGGAUGGCAAGAUCAAGCUGACCACCCUCCUGGCCCAUAAAGCCUGAUGACCUGCCCCAAGGGCCACCCGAGGAAGCAGUAUUAUCUGGGGUCGGGGGAGGAGAUAUAGGACAGGAAAACCAGGUGCUCCACUCCAGCUCCCUGCCAGUGCAGUGACUCUGCAGGGAAAGACUGGCAAGGAGGCUCAGGCACUUCAUCUGUGGUGACUGGAAUGGGACCCACAUGGAGUAGGUGGCAUAUGCUUCCCAGAGACUGGUAUUGUGGCUGUGCCAGGAGUACACGUGAGACUGUGGGAGGAAAGCUCCGGAAGAAGGAGAAACAUUGCAGUGGCUACUAUGUUGGCCCAGUAGAAAUUGACAGUAUUUUGUAUAUAUGUGCCCAUUUUUUUUCUUUUUUAAGAAAAGAGAACACUCUUGUGGUCCCCUGAUGUCUCUUUCUAGGAUGUGUGUCACUUUGCUUCAGUGACAGCCCUCCCACCUAGCCUGGCUCUGCUGGCCCCGAGCUGAACCUCUCCAGGCUCUCCUGUUGCUUUGCCAUGGAGCCAGGUCAGCUCUCUGUCUGUUCUGCUGGGUAACAAGGUUUGGCAUUUCCUGUUUCUCUGGGCUUAAGUCAAGGCCACAGAGUUCUUUUUCUUCCCUGAAAGCUGGCAGCUUUUGUUACAGAAGAUUCUCAGGAUGAAGGCAGGGGCUAAGGCCUCUGCCUCUGGCUGCCCCUUUCCAUCCAGUGGCUGCCGUUUCCCAAGACGGGCUAAGCGUUCCUUAUCUGAAAUGCUUGGGACAGGAGUGUUACAGAUUUUGGAUUUUUUCAGACUUUGGAAUAUUUACAUAUAUACAUAAUGAGGUAUCCUGGUAGGUCUUAUGUCUAAACGUGAAAUUCAUUCAUGUUUUAUAUACACCUUAAACAUGUAGCCUGAAGGUAACUCUAUACAGUAUUUUAAAUAAUUUUGUACAUGAAACAAAGUAUUGAUUGCGGUCAGGUAUGGUAUUUUCUUCUUGUGGUGUCAUGUUGGUGCUCAAAGUUUUGGGGCCAGGCACGGUGGCUCACGUCUGUAAUCACAGCACUUUGGGAGGCCAAGGUGGGUGGAUCACUUAAGGUCAGGAGUUCGAGACCAGCCUGGCCAACAUGGUGAAACCCCAUCUCUACUAAAAAUACUAAAAUCAGCCAGGCAUAGUGGCAGGUGCCUGUAAUCCCAGCUACUCCGGAGGCUGGGGCAGGAGAAUCACUUGAGCCCAGGAGGCAGAGGUUGCAGUGAGCUGAGAUCACACCAUUGGGAGAACCCAACUCAAAAAAAAAAAAAAAAGUUUUGGGUUAUGGAGCAUUUUGGACUUUGGAUCUUUGGGUUAAGGAUGCUCAACCUGUACCUCUUUCAUUUGGUGGCUCCUCUCCUUCCUCCAACUGAACAUCUUUGUGGAAAGGUGACGGCUGUCUGCACCCACUGCUGGCGAAUGGUGAGAAGGUCAGAGCAAGGGGGCCAAGUUGCUGCUGGUGGGCACCUGGGGUUCAGGCCAGCCCAACUGUGGCUGAGCCAAUCUGUAGCUGAGCUGAGCAUCAACCAGCUGUGUCCACACCCUGCCUGAGGCCUGUCCUCUCCUCCCUGGCUGCGGUGGGACCUUGAAGAGGCAGAUCCUCCCACUAGGUGAGGAGGAAGAAGAGACUCACUCCCCUUCUCCCUCUUGCCUUUCACAGCUGAGGCAGAGCUUACGGGAGGAGUCGCUAUGGGAGUGAUGGGCCUGGGCUUUGGUCUGCAGUGCUUGGCAGGGGCGACCUUAUCACUGAGCUGGGGAAGGCGGCUGCCACGAGUCAUUUUAAGUCUCUGAGCUCCAGCCCAGUUCUAGGGACACAAGGCUGGAGUAGGGAUACUCCUAGUUACCUUGAGGAAAAGCACAAAGAAAUUGGUACCAAAGCCUUGGCUCUGUUCUGGGAGUUGAGGGAAAAGUAGGGAGGUAUUUAAGUGGCUUGAUUAUGAGAAAACACCAGAGACAGUAGUAAAUAGUUAUUUACCGAUUUUUACCCAUUUCUACCCUGGUAAUCCUCCCUGCAAAUGAAGAAAACCAAGACUUCUUCAUUUAUUAUUUUUCCCCAUCUUCUGUAUUGAAACGGUGAUCUUACUUAUCUCACCCAGUGACUCUGUAGGACAUUUAAAAAGUGGUCAUGGUUUUCACUGGAGUGAGAAUGUAUUAAUGUUUCCUCUCGUCAUCUCAAAGUUUCUGUCUUACUACCUUUUCUCUCUCCUUAAUACCAUCUCUACAGCUUGCUGAGAUGCUUUAAGGAUCACAGAGACACAAAGAAGAUUUGAACCCUGCGCUCCUCCCAUCCCACCUCUUACUGCCUCCCGGGUGAGCGCUCGUCCUCAAAUAAAGCAUGUUGGAACUUC